AUAACUGAUUGACUGAUACCUCGUUAUAGCACUGCUUGUGUGAAAAUGGGAGACUGGAACUUCCUCGGUGGGAUCUUGGAGGAGGUGCACAUCCACUCCACCAUGGUGGGUAAGAUCUGGCUGACAAUCCUCUUCAUAUUCCGGAUGUUGGUGUUGGGCAUUGCAGCAGAAGACGUGUGGAACGACGAGCAGUCGGACUUCAUCUGCAACACUGAGCAACCUGGCUGCCGCAACGUCUGCUACGAUCAGGCCUUCCCCAUCUCCCUCAUCCGUUACUGGGUCUUACAGGUGAUAUUUGUGUCCUCGCCCUCCCUGGUCUACAUGGGUCAUGCAAUUUACCGGCUACGAGCCCUGGAGAAGAAGCGUCACUGCAAGAAGGUAGCACUCCGUCAGGAGCUGGAGUCGGUGGACACUGAGCUGGUGGAGGUACGGAAACGGAUUGAGAAGGAGAUGAGGCAGCUGGAGCAGGGGAAGCUCAACAAGGCUCCUCUGAGGGGGUCGCUGCUCUGUACUUACAUCGCGCAUAUUGUUACUCGUUCUGUGGUUGAGGUGAGCUUCAUGACAGGCCAGUACGUCCUCUACGGCCACCGCCUCAAACCUCUGUACAAAUGUGAACGAGAGCCGUGCCCAAACAUUGUAGACUGCUUUGUCUCUAGACCCACAGAGAAAACGGUUUUCAUGAUGUUCAUGCAAACGAUCGCCUGCAUCUCUCUUUUCCUAAGCCUCCUUGAGAUAAUGCACUUAGGCUUCAAGAAGCUUAAGAAGGGUUUCCUGGACUACUACCCACAUCUCAGGGAGGAGCUUGAUGAUUAUUAUGGCAACAAGUCAAAAAAGAACUCCGUAGUGCAUCAGGUUUGCAUGGGCCCUUCUGCGGGCCGCAAGAAUACAAUUCCCACAGCUCCCAGUGGAUACACGCUGCUGUUUGAAAAGCAGGGCAACGGCCCCAAUUACCCACUGCUCAGUGCCUCUUCCGCCUUUGUCCCAAUACAAGGAGACCCUGUAGCCAAGCUCGGAUCAGAGCGCCACAAGAGUGGCACAGAGGGAGUUCCAAGUUCUAUUGAGCAGAAAAGCAACUCCAACAACACAAGCAGUGAGACACGUUCUCCUCCUACUGACAAACAAGAUGAGCCGGAGGAGCAGUCUUCAGUACAUCAUGAGGACCUUGAAUGUGUGAGCUCUGAAUCUCCCGUCCUCCCUGUACCCAUGACUUCCUCCUGUACCAAGUUGUCACACAUUGCCAGGAAAUCGCGGCGGGUCAGUCCACCGUGGAACUGCUCCACAGUGGUGGAGGGACAUGGCUCGGACAGCGGAAAUUCUUAUCCCGAUAGCAGCAUGAAGCCACGUAGUGGCUGUAUUGCUCCUAGAACGAGGAUUCUGUCUAAAUCAGACAUGAGAAGACUAAGCAGAUCUCAGAGUCCUGACUCUGCUGGGGAGCUCAGUUCUAUAUCUCGGCACAGCCGUGACAGCAACAGCCCCAGUGCUUCCUCUCCCAAUCGCAGAGCAUCAGCAGCAAGUAGCGCCAGCAGCCGGCGCGCCCCAACUGAUCUGCAGAUAUAGACGAACCUGCCAACAGGGCAGCACAAAUCCGCAGCAUGCAGGUGAAAACUGCCUCCCUAGCCAGAAUAAUGAGCCUUCUCUGAAGGAACACUAACAGCGUAUUGUUACCAUUACCACAGAGGUCACAUUUUCACCCGCCUGUUUGUUGUUUUUUAGCAGGAUUACUCAAAAUCCUGUACUUU